AUGAACUCUAUAUCACAAAAUCACAAAACAUCCGGCUUCAAGUCCAUGAUGGACGAUCCUCAUGCGCUCCGCCUAACCCUUUUGAUUGCUGCGCUGCAUUUUGAGUGGACAACUGGUCAUAUGCAAUCUUUCGAAUCCACCUUCUUAUUCCACAAAGCAAAACUGAUCCAAAUGGUCAACAAGUGGAUCACGAAAGGACAACCUGCUGAACACAUGGCCUGCAUCAUCAACCAGAUAGCAUCACUCUGCUUUAUCGAGCUGUGUCUAGGUCACGUCUUUAGCGCAAAGGCCCACCUAGGGGGUAUGCUGAGCCUUUUGAAAGAACGGAAACGACACUGGCAGCGAUCACCGGAACAAGAUGAGCCUCAAUAUGAGAUUUCAGAAGAGGAAGAGCUCAAUAACCGCUACUAUUUAUUGUAA